AUGGCUCUGCUUCAGGCGGUCGAGACAAGCUUCCUCCUUCUGGCGCUAUGGACCGCCAUCGAAGCCAUCCGUCGUCUUUAUUUCCAUUCCUUAUCCCACAUUCCAGGCCCCCGACUGGCGGCACUCACCUGGUGGUACGAAUUCUACUAUGAUGUCGUCCAACCAGGGCAGUACGUAUUUAAAAUUCAAGAGCUUCACAAGCAAUACGGGCCCAUCAUCCGGGUAACCCCGGAUGAGGUGCACAUCAACGAUGUUGGUUUCCUCGACGCGAUCUACGCCCCGUCGAUGACUCGCCUCGACAAGUAUGACUACCAGCUGCGCACCUUACGUGUUCCCGGCGGCAUCGGGACCACUGCCAAUUACUACCUUCAUAAGAUCCGUCGGGAAGCGCUCACUCCCUUCUUCAGUAAGCGCAACGUUCUCUCACUCGAAGGCGUGAUCACCGCAAAGGUGAACCAGUUGUGCGAUUUGAUCGACAAACAUGCGGCGACGGGAACUCCCAUCAAUCUAUCGGACGCGUUCUAUGGAUUUGCCAAUGAUGUUGUCGCCAACUUUUUAUUUGCCCACCAAACCGACGUACUCUCGGAUGAACAGGCGGCGGCCAGGCUCCGCCGCAACAGUCAUGGGUUGCUCAAGGGAAUCAACAUGAACAAGCACUUUCCACGGAUCCCGGACAUUCUGGAAGCACUGCCACAACGCAUAACCAGGCCUGUCAUGCCUCCUGGACUCAUUGACAUGCACGAACUCUUUGAUAGAGUCCGUGCGGAAUUGACCACAAUCAUGAGGGCAAAAGCAUCCAGCACUUUAGACGGGAAAAAGUCAAUGAAUCCAGGAGGCAAAGAAUCCGUUUACGAAUCCGUGCUCGACAACCCCAACCUCCCCGCAUCCGAAAAAGCCCUCCUGCGCCUGGAACAAGAAGGCGCACUACUGACCCUCGCAGGAACAGAGUCCCCCGCCCAAACACUCAAUAUCAUCUUCUACCAUCUCCUCGCCAACCCUUCUCUCCUCGCAACACUCCGCAAAGAACUAGACACCCUACCGAAAGCCUCAACCUGGGCGCAACUAGAGCAGCUCCCGUACCUCUCCGCCAUCAUCGAAGAAGGCAAUCGACUCUCUUUCGGCGUGACCGCUCGCGCAGCCCGUAUCCAGCCCAAGCCCAUCACCUAUACCCCAUCCGCUAUCACGACGUUGAGCGCACAUACCGCUGAAUCAGUCUUCCCGGACCCGUACGUAUUUAGUCCCGAGCGCUGGCUGGGGCAUGAGGGUCGCGAGCGCAGGAAAUUCCAGUUGGCUUUUUCGAGAGGCGGCAGGAAGUGUUUGGGGAUUGAGCUUGCCAGGGCGGAGCUGUGUCUUGUUACUGCUGCGCUUGUGCGGAUGUUUGAUAUGGAGUUGUGGGAGACGGAUGAGAGGGAUGUUUCUUUUGAGCACGAUUAUCAUGUUGCUAUGCCGAAGGAUGGGUCGAAGGGCGUAAGGGUUGUGGCUAAGCUACGUUGA